AUGAACAACCUCUCCAGCUCCAUCCGCUUCCUCGCAAGGUCAAAGCAGCGCAAACGUCUCUCCCUCAUCUCAGACGACGGCAUCGAGCAUGAAGCUGACAGAGAUGGAGAGACAGAAGACGACCACGAGCAAGAAGAGCAAGCUGGCGACGUAUCUAAUGACUCGUCGGAGACAUCUGCUGCAACCACCAUCACCCUCGGUACCCUCUUUGACAGGGGAGACACGGCAGAGACAUCGCCAAGUAGGCUGACACCGACAGCAUCGCGUACAAACUCCGUCACCAGCUUGCGUGCAAACUUCUCCUUUCGUCUCAAGCGCAGGCCAUCGACGCUGCAGGUAACAAAGAGGCAUACCAUGCCAGAAGACAGUAUACCGCAGGAUGGGAAGACGGAGCAGCGUCCAGCCAACAAGCGCGCAGAGACAGACUCAUCUGUGCUAGAUCGCGCACGCUCAUUCAUGUCGCGUAGUCUGUCACGCAGCCUACCGCAGCGUCGCAUCAAGCCCAAGCCAACAAAGAUAUUCAACAGUAUGCCACGCACGAGCAAGUCACGUCCGCCCAUCCCAAUCUAUGAGCCCGCGCCACCGACACCGAUGGCAGAUGUGGAUAUUUGGACGCGCCAGCUGUGCAAGUCCCUGGAUGCAACGACUUACAAGGUAUUCAAUCGCUCUGAAUUCAUGUCAUCGGCCAAUAGCGUGCUACGCGUCGUCAACUAG